AUGUCUGAUUUGGCCUUCAACAACUACUGCAUUACCUGUGAUCAGUUGUGCUCCCACAACUCGAUCUACUGUUCGGAAUCGUGCAAGACGGUGGAUGAACAACAAUCAUCGCAUAUAAUACAUCGUCACGAGGACUCGCCUUCGGCCACCACUUCCGAGGAGUUGGUGUCGCCCUUGUUAGCCCCCAACAUGUACCAGCACUACAACGGCAGCCAGUCGUACGGGCAAGACUUGUCCAAGUCGCCCUUGCUCCUUCCCUCCAACUACUAUACCACCUCCAGCGGCGAGGACUCCAACAGGGACUUGGACUACUUCGACUUGAACUACUCGGUGCAGUCCAACACCAACUACGCGUUGGCCAACACCAGUGCCAGCUCCGAGUUGUUGAGCAGCAUUCCUUCCACCAGCCACAACUACAGAAAGUGGUUGACUGCUUGCUUGUAG